CCCGAUGAUAUUAUCCGUGUGACGGUUAGCGAAGCGCGACAAAAAUGGCGGUGGAGAGCUGCGGUGACAUACUCGCUCUGCCGGAGCACUGCAUUGCCAACCUCCUCUCGCUCACAAGCCCUAGAGACGCUUGCCGGCUGUCAGCGGUCGCAUCCACCUUCCGCCUCGCCACACAGUACGACACCGUUUGGGAUCGCUUCCUGCCCUCGGAUUACCGCGAUCUGUUGUCCCGGGCCGACGGCGGAGCCGAGCCCUUGAUAUCUAAAUUCCGUUCGAAGAAAGACCUCUAUCUCCACCUAUGUGACCAUCCGAUUCUCAUCGACGGUGGGCGUAAGAGCUUUUCAUUGGAGAAAUGCAGUGGAAAGAAAUGCUUCAUGAUAGCUGCAAGAGAUCUCGAUAUUGCAUGGAGCAAUACUCCUCAAUAUUGGCGAUGGAUAUCUCUUCCUGAAUCUAGGUUUUUUGAGGUGGCAGAGCUUCUCCACUUGUGCUGGUUUCAUAUACGUGGCAAAAUCAGCACCAAGAUGCUGUCCUCUGGCACGUGUUAUGUGGCAUACCUAGUGUUUGCUCGCAAAUCAGGGGCCUUCAAAUUCGACCUCCCAGCCGAGGCUUGUGUGGAGUUGAGUUCCCAGGAGAGUGAAAGGCAGAAAGUGUUUCUAGGUCGGGACAGAGCCCACGGGUCGUCUUACCGUCGAUUGCCUCGUUUGGUGAGACAACAACAGACGGUGGAGGAUGUGGUGGCCGAGUUUAAUGCUAAGUACCCUAAACCGAGGAGUGAUGGGUGGAUAGAGGUUGAGUUGGGAGAGUAUUUUGUCGAGGGAAGAGAAGAUGAUGUCUUGGAGUUGGGCCUCAGGGAGGUGAACGACUAUCAUGGGAAAAGCGGCUUAAUUGUUCAGGGGAUUGAGCUCAGGCCCAAGGCCAUGGGUGGAGACUCGAAAAAGAAUUUUAGCUGCGGUGACAUACACGCGCUGCCGGAGGACUGCAUUGCCAACGCCCUUUCGCUCACAAGCCCUAAGGACGCCUGCCGGCUGUCGGCGGUCGCGUCCAACUUCCGCAUCGCCUCCGAGUACGACACCGUUUGGGAUCGCUUCCUGCCCUCGGAUUAUCGCGAUCUGAUAUCCCGGGCCGCCGGCGGGCCCGAGCCCUUGCUUUCUAAGUUCCGGUCGAAGAAGGACCUCUAUCUCCACCUCUGUGACCAUCCAAUUCUCAUCGACGGUGGGCGUAAGAGCUUUUCGUUGGAGAAAUGUAGUGGAAAGAAAUGCUACAUGAUAGCAGCAAGAGAUCUCUAUAUUGUAUGGAGCGAUACUCCUCAAUAUUGGCGAUGGAUAUCUCUUCCCGAGUCUAGUGAAAAGCGCAGAGUUUUUCUUGAUCGGGAUGAAUCUCAUGAACCGAGAAGGCACAUUGUGCUCAGGACCUUGGGUUUGUUUUACCAUCGUUUGCCUCGUCUGGUGAGACAACAACAGACAGUGGAGGAUGAUUCGGAGGCUGAGUCCAAUGCUAAGUACCCGAAACAAAGGAGUGAUGGGUGGAUUGAGGUUGAAUUGGGAGAGUAUUUUGUUGAGGGAAGAGAAGAUGGUGAUUUGGAGUUGGGCGUGAUGGAAGUGAAUGAUGGUAACUGGAAAAGUGGUUUGAUUGUUCAGGGGAUUGAGCUCAGGCCAAAGGCUGUGACC